UGUUGUGCAACCUUCAUCUUCUACUAAAGAGCGAUGACUGCCAUAAUGCUACAAUUCCUCUUCGCUACCCUUUUCAUCUUGACUCCCUUCCUCAUCAAAUCUUUCAUAAACUGUUCUAAGCUUCCUCCAGGCCCCCUGGCCUUACCCGUCAUCGGCCACCUCCAUCUCCUAGGCCCCUUAAUCCACCAAACCUUCCACCACCUAUCCUCCUCCUAUGGUCCCUUAAUUUAUCUUCGCAUUGGCUCUGUCCCCUGCGUGGUUGCUUCCACUCCUGAACUUGCAAAAGAACUCCUCAAUACUAACGAACUCACUUUCUCAGCCCGGAAACACAAUUUUGCCAUUGAUCAUCUUACAUAUCAUUCUUCCUUCGCUUUUGCACCUUAUGGUCCUUACUGGAAAUUCAUUAAAAAAUUAAGCGCAUAUGAGCUCUUGGGUAGCCGGACGCUUAACCAGUUUCUCCCAAUCAGAACACAGGAAUUGCACCACUUUGUUGCCAUUCUGCUUCAAAAAUCUAAAUCGGGGGAGAGCGUUAAUCUCACUCAGGAACUCUUAAAGUUAACCAACAAUGUAAUAUCACAGAUGAUGGUGAGCUUGAGGUGUUCCGGGGUUGGAGACCAGGCAGAUGGAGUUAGGACUCUUGUGAGGGAGGUGACGAAGAUCUUUGGAGAAUUCAAUGUUUCUGAUAUUAUAUGGUUUUGCAAGAAUCUUGACUUGCAAGGACAUCGAAAGAGAUUAGAAGAUGUUCAUGGGAGGUAUGAUGCAUUGUUGGAGAAAAUCAUCAGAGAUCGGGAGGAAGUCAGAAAAAUAAAGAGGAAUUCAGGAAAGGAUAAUGGAGAUGAUGAGGUGAAAGACUUCCUUGAGAUGCUACUUAAUGCUUUGGAGGAUGACAAAUCGGAUGUAAAGCUAACUAGAAAUCAUAUAAAGGCACUGAUUUUGGAUUUCUUAACGGCUGCUACUGACACAACAGCAAUUGCACUGGAGUGGGCACUGGCGGAGCUUAUAAACCAUCCAGAAGUACUCGAGAAAGCACAGAAAGAGAUCGACAAAGUUAUCGGGAAAAACAGGCUUGUAGAAGAAUCUGACAAUCCUAGUCUCCAUUACAUCCAUGCCAUCAUAAAAGAAACGUUUCGUCUACACCCACCCAUCCCCAUGGUUUCAAGAAAAUCAACACAAGAAUGCAAAGUCGGCGGAUAUACGAUCCCGGAAGGCGCCUUACUUUUUGUGAACAUUUGGUCUAUCGGUAGGGAUCCGAAGGUGUGGGAAGAUCCGUUCACGUUUCGGCCGGAGCGAUUUUUGAAAUCUGAAAACGGUGAGACUUCGGGGACGACUAUAGAUGUUAAAGGGUUGCAUCAUCAACUGUUACCGUUUGGUAGUGGGAGGAGGGGCUGUCCUGGAAUUUCUUUGGCCAUGCAAGAGCUACCCACGAUCCUUGCUGCCAUGAUCCAGUGCUUCGACUGGAAGGUGGUGGUUGCAGAUGGGGAGAAACAGAGGGUGAUAGAUGUUGUUGAUAUGGAUGAACGACCGGGUUUGACAGCUCCAAGGGCGCAUGAUUUUGAAUGCAUCCCAAUCUCACGCGGAACGGAGACGCGAUGGAGUUUGUUCGAGGAGACAGGAGACGACACGGCAAUGGCAAAGCGGCGACCGGCUUCAAGGACUUCGCUAACAGACUGCCAGCCUAUGAUAAAGGAGUGGGGAGCGAAGGAGCUGUUCUACUUUAUAAGGAAGACAGUGAAAGCAGGUAGACUCUGGGAUAUAUUCAUUCCGAGUAAGAGGGAUAGAAGAGGCAACAUAUACGGAUUCGCCAGAUUUUUGGAUGUCAGAGAAGAACAAGAGAUGAAGAAGCAACUGGAAAGCAUAAGGAUUGGAAACAAAAGGGUGAUCUUCAACCCAGCUGUGGAAAAAGGAGAAGAGAAACGCAGAUGGCAAGCAAAAUCAGUAGAGGAAGUAAGAUGGAAGAGUAGCAAAAAGAGGACCGGUUACGAAGAAAGCACCAAGGAUGAAGAAGAAAACAGGAAAGCUCCAAAGAUGACAUAUGCACAAAGCCUUUUACAACAAAAAGAGAAGGCUAACAUUAGUGAUAUAGAUCUGAAGGGCCCUACACCAUCAGAGGCAAGAAAUUACAGGAGGAACUCAAGCAGAGCAAUGGCUAAGGCUACGAUUCCGGGAGGAUUCAAAUACAAAAAAGUGAUCGAGAUAAAAGGGACAGAGGAGACUGAAGAAAAUUUAAUGAAGUGUGCAGUAGGAGUGGCUCUAUCUCCUUCCAUCAUCUCAAAUCUUCCAGAGAUAUUUUUUAAUGAAGGAUUUCCUUCGAUCAAAAUAACUCCCAUGGGCGGUAACCUUGUGCUGAUAGAAGAGGAGUACCCGGAGUGUAUAAAGGAGCUAGUUGAUGGGAACUUACAGUGGGUGUCAUCCUAUUUCGAAAGGAUUAAGUACUGGUCUCCAACAGAUAUUGCAGAAGAGAGAUUUGUGUGGGUCAGAAUUCAAGGAUUACCAUUGCAUGCUUGGACAGAAGAAAGCCUAACAACAAUUGGUAACCAUGUGGGAAAGAGCGUCAAAGUUGAUGAACACACCCUUUCCAAAGAAUGUUUGGAUGUAGCGAGAAUAUUAGUCUCUACUAAAUCUAAAACAGGGAUUAAUGAAGAAUUCUUGCUCAAAGUGAAGAAUAAUAGUUACAACAUCACUUUAGUGGAGGAAAAUUGGAGAGCUGAUCCUUGGUGGCUGAACAAGAUUGAUAAUUCCAGUGUUGACUCAGAAGUAAGCUCAACGGCAUUCAAUUUUGGUGACGAUUCUGGCGAGCUUGACGGCAACUUUUCAAACGGUCAAGAGGAGGAGGAAAUUCAAACACCUUUCAAAAAUGUCAAUGGCAUUAAUUACCCUGACAAUUUGUGUGUCUCAAAGAUAGUUGUUGAGGGGUGCAAAGAUAAUGGUGACGUGCUGUCUAAUCAUAUUCAGGGGAAACAGAGAGAGGAGCGUGCAAAUGGGAGCCAUACCAGCUUCAGCAGAACUCCAGCAUCAGACAAAGGGGUUGUUCAAGAAACAGCCCAAUCCAAAAGCCCACCUACUAGCAAAAACAAGGCCCAUUCGGCCGAAGGAAAAAGCGAAGCGGACCAGCAAGAGGAGUUUGGGCUUAAAAUGCUAAAUAGCCCUAUCAAAAGUCCCAGGAUACCAGAAGAAAUGAGAGCAGAAACAACGAUGCUAGUGACAGGAACGAGGCGCGGAAGAAGAAGAAGAGCAGUGCUACAGCUGGGAUCGAGAUCAGCAACAGAGAAGAGCAGAUUGUGGAAAGAUUCAACCAGAUGGAAGAAAGGGACAGACGGGGGCAUGCCCGGCAAUAAUAACGGUAGUUCAAUCAAAAGAAAAGAGGUGAGGAGUUUGAUUAGAAAGGAGGAAAUAAAUUUAGCUUGCUUCCAGGAAACAAAAAUGGAAAGAAUUGACAAGGAUUUUUGCAUGUCUAUUUGGGGAAGAGAUAAUUUUGACUGGGUAUAUAAGGCAUCAGUGGGUAGAUCAGGAGGUCUACUAUGUGUGUGGGAUAAUGACAUUUUUGUGAAAGAAACAGUUAUUGAAGUUCCUGGCGACUUAGCUAUCUAUGGCUUUUGGGGAGAGAAGAAGCAAAAGUGCUGCAUAGUGAAUGUUUAUGCAUCAUGUAACAGGAGUGAAAGGCUGGAAACAUGGAUAGAGAUAUUGAAGAUGAUUGAGGAAGGAGAAAAUUACUGGUGCAUCGCUGGAGACUUUAACAGUGUGAGAUCAGCAGAAGAGAGAAGAGGCAGAUCUGAGCACUCUAACUACAGGGAGGAUCUCAACGAAUUUAUUGAACUAGCAGGAUUGGUUGAUCUACCACUAACAAGAAGGAAAUUUACUUGGUACAGGAAUGAUGGGUCAGCAAGGAGUAGGCUGGACAGAUUUCUCUUAUCUGAUGGUAUGCUUAAUUUCUGGGGUGAUUGCUGCCAAAUUGGACUUAAUAGAACUAUAUCUGAUCAUUGUCCAGUGAUGUUAAAGAAGGUUAAUAGCAAUUGGGGCCCAAAACCAUUUAGGACCUUAAAUUGCUGGGACCGGCAUCCAGAAUUCAUCAAAGUGGUUGAGGAAAACUGGAAAUCUACAGAGGUGGAGGGAUGGAAGGGUUAUGUGUGCAAAGAGAAGCUUAAAAGAUUGAGGAAUAAAUUGAAGAAAUGGAACAGUGAAGUCUUUGGAAGUUUUGAGAAUCAAAUUGCAGAGGCAGCAGCAAAAAUCAACGAAGUUGACAAUAAGAAUGAGGACGGAGAAAUAACAGAGGAGGAUAUCUUGCUAAGAAGGGAAGGUUUUAGUGAAUUAUGGGAAGCAUGGCAAAGAAGAGAAGUGGCAUGGAAACAAAAGACAAAGCUCGACUGGGUACAGCAAGGAGAUGUUAAUUCCAAGUUAUUCCACAAAGUAAUGAACAGUAACAGGAGGAGAAAAUUGAUUCGGGGCAUAUACAAAGAUGGAGCUUGGAUAGAGGAACUGAGUGUGGUGAAGCAGGAAGUGCGUGAAUACUUCAAUAAAAUCUUUCAAGAAGAGCAAUGGGAUAGGCCAAAACUGGGAGGGCUACAGUUCAAACAGCUAAAUGAAGAAGAUAGCGUUUGGCUAGAAAGAGAAGUGUCAUCAGAAGAAGUGAAACAAGCAGUGUGGGAUUGCGGGGGAGACAAAUCUCCUGGUCCCGAUGGAUUCAGUUUCCAUAUUAUCAAAUCCAUUUGGAAUGUGAUUGAGAAAGACAUAGUUGAUUUUGUCCAAGAGUUCUUCAGGAAUGGCAAAAUAGUAAGGGGGCUAAACUCUUCAUUUAUUGUUCUUAUCCCAAAAAAAGAUAAUCCUAUUGAUUUAAAAGACUACAGACCCAUCAGCCUGAUUGGUAAUCUUUAUAAAAUCUUAUCGAAGGUGCUGGCAAAUAGGAUUAAGAAAGUACUACCCAAGGUGAUAAGCGGGACACAAUCAGCCUUUUUGGGAGGAAGACAGAUCACAGAUGGUAUUCUGAUCCUUAAUGAAGUGGUAGAGAAAAUCAGGAGGAAAAAGAUUGGUAGCUUCAUUUUCAAAGCAGAUUUUGAAAAGGCAUACGAUAGCGUGAAUUGGGUUUUCCUGGAUGAAAUGAUGAGAAGGCUUGGAUUUGGGGAAAAAUGGAGAUUGUGGAUUAAGGAGUGUCUACAAACAGCUUCAGCAUCAAUGCUUGUUAAUGGAAGCCCAACGGAAGAAUUUAAAAUGGAGAAAGGGUUAAGACAAGGUGACACGAUUGCGCCGUUCCUCUUCCUUAUUGUGGCUGAGGGUUUGAAUGUGCUAAUCGAAUCAGCUGUCAACAAGGAAUUAUUCCAAGGAAUUCCUGUAGGCUCCGGCGGUCUUAACAUCUCACAUCUCCAAUUCGCUGACGAUACUGUUAUAAUGGGGAAGGCAGACCCUAGCAAUAUUAAAGCAGUGAAAGGGAUUUUGAGAUGGUUUGAAUUGAUCUCAGGCUUGAAGAUUAAUUUUAACAAAAGUGUCUUGUUCUCAUGCCAUGUUUCGGAUGAAUGGAGGAGAAUGGCAGCUGCUAAUCUUAAUUGCAAAUCUGGAUCGUUCCCUUUCACCUACCUCGGGAUGCCAAUAGGUGACAGUAUGUGUAGAAGAAAGCCUUGGAUACCAGUUAUUGAUAACUUUAAUAAAAAGCUGGCAGUUUGGAAAGCGAAAAGCCUGUCGAUCGGUGGCCGAGUUACAUUGCUAAGGUCUGUUCUCUCUGCCCUCCCAAUUUAUUUUAUGUCCAUCUUUAAAAUUCCUAAAAUUGUGCUUCAUGAACUUGUUUGCUUACAAAGAAAAUUCCUGUGGGGUUAUACGGAGGAGAAGAAUAAAAUAGCAUGGUUAAGUUGGGAGAAAGUUUGCAAGGGUAGAAAUGAAGGGCUUGGUGUGCCGGAUCUGGAAUGUAUGAAUAUAGCUCUAUUAGGGAAGUGGUGGGAUAGAUUUGGGAAGGAAGAUAAUAGUUUAUGGAAGAGAAUUAUUGUAGAUAAGUUUUAUGGAGGAAGUAAGGUGUGGGAUAUUAAAGAAGUUCAAGCUAGGAAGGCUUCCACACUAUGGAGAAAUAUAGUGGCAUUAGGAGAUGAAAGGGGUAGAGGUGCUCGGAUGUAUAGAGAAGGAUUCCGCUGGAAGUUGGGGAUGGGUGAUAAAAUCAACUUUUGGAAGGACAAAUGGGUAGGAAUUGAAACUUUGAGGGACUCUUUUCCUAGGAGUGGUGAAGGGAAUUGGUUAUCUUACUUAAGGGAGGGUAGAUAUGUAGGCUCAAAAUGGUGGAAGGAUAUUUGCAAGAUAGAUGAAGGGAUGGGUAUUAAGAAGGAUUGGCUGAGCUUGGGUUUUGUUGUAGACUUGGGGGAUGGCGGGAAGGUUAAGUUUUGGACAGAUGUGUGGGUAGAAGGGAAUGAAAAGAUUUUCCAGAUGAAGGAGACAAAGCUCAACAGAUUCUUUGAGCUAGUUCAGAUUCGAUCUUUCUUCUGGGUAACAAACAUUCAAGGUAUGGAAGGGUUCUCUUUAUCUGAUUGGUGCGAGAAUCCAACCAAAUGUCUUAAGACUAACCCCAUUCGGAAAGAUAGUGUUUGAACUGGUCUUUUGGUUUUAACUGGUCUUCUUGGAAAGUUGGUUUUUUUUUUUUUCUUUUUUGGGUGUUUUACCCUCGCUGCUCUAUUGUUGCUGGUUUUUUAAGCAACAAGUUGGUUUUUGUAUAUGAUCGGUUUGAAUACCCCUUGUACUUAUCGAAUAAAUAAAUAAAUAUUUUUUUG